UUUUUUUAAGUAAAAAAGUAGAAAUGUUCAAAGGUUGGCUAGAAAUAGAUAGUCAGGAAAUUUUGAAAAUUGGACUCAAUCAAAGUGAAAAAUGUGUUUUUAUUUAACCAAACGUGUCAUUUGUAACGUGGCCUUGUCAUCCACUCACUUAAGGUGUGCUUAUCAUCAUCGGAUGAUAAGUGUGUAGGAGGAAAAUUGACGUAUUUUUUAAUUAAAAGUGAUUUUGUGUACAACCCUGUGCAAUUUUCAAUUGCAUUAUUUAUUGAGUCUGGAUCUUUAUCGGGAGAGGAGGGUUUUACACUACGUGUUCAAGUCCAUUGUCCACUUUUGUGCUGAAUAAUUGCACAGUUGGCUUAUCGAAAGUGAAAUAAUAAUUGUUGAGCGAGAUAAGGGAGCGAGAGAGCUCAAGUGAUACAUUAAUUUGAAUAGAAUAGAAGUCUGAUAGAUUGUGCACGAGGUCAGGUGCACGAGGAAUUUGGGAUUGGAUUGAUUUUUUUUCAGGUGUGUGGUGUUAUUAAGGGUUUGGAUUUUUUGCAAUUUUUUUUGCGAAGUCUAAUACAAGCCAAAUUUGCACCAUGAACGCACCCACGCCCACGAAACGGGCGAAAUUAUCCUGCUGCGAUGUCGACUUUUUGGUCAAACUGCACCAAAGUUUUGGAGUGAAUGUUAACAACCAAAUUCGUGCUGGAGGUGGUGGUGACGCUUCUGCUUCUGCUCCGCCGGAAUUGACGACCUGCCUGCGCCAAAGUUUCCUCAGCCUGUUAAAUUACGGGGCGGACGUGAACAUCAACCUGAACUGGAGGCGGGCGCUGGACCACGACGAAGAAGAGGUGACCCCUCCGACGCCGUUGAACUUGACCCUUUGCGAGGGCGAGGUCAACUGCGACGUGGACCACGAGCGACCUCCGUUGCACGAGAGUGACCAAGUUCAGGCCAGGAUGGACCAGGACGUCCUUGUCAGACUGCUGACGAAUGUGGGCAUGGGCAUUAAUUGUCCGCAGUUACCGGGCGAUGCGGACCCCUUGGUGCUGGAAGAGGCGCGCCAACGCUUCGCCGUUCUAAAAGCGCUCGUGACCUUUGGCACUGACACGAAUCGCGUCCGUUCCCGUUGCGAGCGAGACGAGGUCUCGAACAGUUGCGAAUUUUGUUGGAAUUUGCAAUUUCUCCGGAACUUUGGCACCUUUCAGACCAUGGGGGAAAAGAGUAUCGAGUCCUGCGAGAGGAUGAGGCGCCUCGUGCUUAACGCCCUGCUCGCGACGGGGUCAGAGGUCAACGGGAUUCGGUGCGGGGGUGCGGCCGCCCUUGGUCCCGAAUCUGGCGGACAGUUUGGAGGACAUUACAGAAUUACGGAUUUAUUAGUUACGAAUGGACAUAAAGUUAAUUCUGUGAUGAGUGAGGAUGAUUAUUGACGACAAAGGUUUUUGUAAAAUUAAGUUUCUUUAGGAAACAUUGAAAAUUUUUAGAUUUUUAGAAUGUGAUUGAUGUAUUUAUGUACAUUUGGAGAGGAGUACAAUAUUACUGCCGUGUAAAUAGAUUAAUACUUUGGCGAAGAGUUUAUUAUAAUUAAUUUAUGUAAAUAUAAUUAACUAAACAAUUAAUUACGAUAAAUAUCGGUAAUUAUACGUAUGAAAUUUGUAAACUUAACUUCUGUGAUUUAUGCUUGAAAAUUUUGAUAUUUUGAGCGUGUAAUUGUGCGAGGGGUACUUGUCCUGUCCUUCCUUAAUAAUUUUAUGUACUGCCAUGUAAAUAUGUAAAUAGUUUGAUAAGGUUUACAAUUAAUUGCUGAAUAAUUUCAUAAUUAGUAAUAAUAAUAAUUAAGAUUUUCAGAAAAAAUAACAAAAAUUUAAGAAUUUGAGGACGCGGUUUAAAGAGAAAAACUUGUCCUUCCUUAACAAUAUUACGUAUUGCCGUGUAAAUAAAGGUUUAUAAUGAUUAAUUGAGGUGUAUUUAAUUGCAUAAAUAAUUAAAUGGAUAAUAAUAGUAAUUGAAAUUUUUAGCAAAAAUUGAAAAUUUUGACCCAAUGUAGAAAAUUUUAAAUUGUCUCAGGUUCAAUAAACAAGAGUAAUAC